AUCUCCAGCGGCGGUGCAACAUAUCCCUCAUCAUCUCUAACAUUGUAAUCCUUUGCAUUUCACCUCCAACAUAACCCUUCUCGUCUCCGUCGCAACUUCACCAUCGCAUCUCAACUUCUCUAUCGUUCAACAACCUCAAACGCCGCCGUGGUAAGACAAAAUAGCAAUUCGAAGCGAAGGAAAAAGAUAAAGUAUUGAGGUAGUUUUUGUGUAAUGAAAUUGUAGCGACAAAAAAAGUCAACGACAAUGAGUGAGUCAAAGCAAGAUGACAUAGUUAUGGCAUCAGUUCACUCCACAGUCUUCAAAGAAUCAGAAAACCUCGACGGAAAGUGUCUCCAAAUUCAAGGUUACGACUUCAACAACGGCGUCAAUUAUCAACAACUUCUCAAUUCCAUGCUCACUACUGGAUUUCAAGCUUCAAACCUUGCUGAUGCCAUUAACGUCGUUAAUCAAAUGCUAGAUUGGAGGCUGGUUGAUGAACCUGUGGCUGAGGAUUGUGCUGACGAAGAGAGAGAUUUGGAUUACAGGAAAUCUGUUAAGUGUAAAGUGUUUUUGGGUUUCACUUCUAAUCUCAUUUCAUCUGGUGUUAGAGAUGUUGUUCGCUACCUUUGUCAACAUCACAUGGUGGUAUUGAAGAAGAUCUUAUAAAGUGUCUUGCACCUACAUAUAAAGGAGAUUUCUCUUUGCCUGGAGCUCAUCUUCGCUCAAAAGGAUUGAAUCGAAUUGGUAAUUUAUUAGUCCCUAAUGACAAUUGUUGCAAAUUCGAGGACUGGAUUAUUCCUAUUUUUGAUCAAAUGUUGAGGGAACAAAAUAAUGAGAACGUUCGGUGGACACCGUCCAAGCUAAUAGCUCGAUUGGGAAAAGAAAUUAACGACGAAAGCUCCUACCUUUACUGGGCAUAUAAGAAUAAUAUUCCAGUUUUUUGUCCUGGAUUAACUGAUGGCUCAUUGGGUGACAUGCUGUACUUCCAUUCCUUCCACAACCCUGGUCUGAUAGUGGACAUAGUGCAAGAUAUAAGGGCUGUGAAUGGUGAAGCUGUACAUGCAAAUUCUAGGAAGACAGGCAUAAUUAUUUUAGGAGGUGGUCUUCCAAAACAUCACAUUUGCAAUGCCAAUAUGAUGCGCAAUGGAGCAGACUAUGCGGUUUUUAUUAACACUGCCCAAGAAUUUGAUGGAAGUGAUUCCAGAGCUCGUCCAGAUGAGGCUGUUUCAUGGGGGAAAAUACGAGGAUCUGCUAAAACUGUUAAGGUACAUUGUGAUGCAACAAUAGCUUUCCCUCUUCUGGUUGCUGAAACAUUUGCCUCAAAAACGAAACGUCAAUGUUGAUAAAGGUUUACUGUCAAAGUUCAUUUGAAAUGUAGUGUUUGAGGGAGAUGGAUUUUCUCCAUUUCUUCUCUCCAGUCUCCAUUACUAAAGUUUAGUGGUGAUUUUGAGUGGAUAAAUUAUAUUUGGCAUCUUUUACCAUUCAAACGGGUAAUGGUCACGAAUUGUACAUGUAAAAUAUGUAAUGAUAUUAUUUUGGAGCUGUGGUUUCUUAGGUUUGAGGCGUUGAAAAUUGUAAUAUCUUGAGGAAAUAAGACCAGAAAAGUUUGUCAACUUACUGAUCAUUUAUAGUAUUUUCAAUAUUUUUCAA